AUGGAGUCUGCAGCCGUGUCGCAGCUGUUCAGGCAGCUUUUUCAACAUCGCCCUUGCCAGACAUGUCUCACGCGCCAAGUGCGACACGCUCCUCGCCGACUUUACAGCUCGCAGAAGCAAUACACAAGCCCAAACUACCAAGGACGCAGGAAAGAAGACAGCAAACUUGAGAGCAACUGGCAGCAACGUAGCACCUCUUUCCCUCCGGACAAACUCGAAGAGUUCAAGAGAUAUCCACAAGUCACCUCGGAUGGCCUACGUGCAAGGAAAGAGCGACCGAGGAGAGUCCGCAUGCUGAUGCGCGACUUCAUCGAGGACAGUCUGUACAACCCACAAUACGGCUACUUCUCAAAGCACGUCGUCAUUUGGACCCCUGGCGAGCCUUUCGACUUCAACCAACUUCCUGACGAACAGUCCUUCUACCGCGAGUACGGUCAACGGUACAACGAUUUUGAAGAUCAGCUGGAUGCAAAAGAAUACAACGAGACGAGACAGUUAUGGCAUACUCCCACGGAACUAUUCCGUCCCUACUAUGGAGAAGCCAUUGCCCGCCAUCUUGUCGCAAACUACAAGUUGCAACUAUAUCCUUACCAUGACCUGCUCAUCUACGAGAUGGGUGCCGGAAACGGAACUCUGAUGAUGAACAUCCUCGACUAUAUUCGCCAAACCGAUCCUGAAGUAUACGCUCGCACCCGCUUCCGCGUCAUUGAGGUUUCUUCUGCUCUGGCCUCGAUUCAGGGAAGCCAAUUGAUGAGAAAUGCUCAAGCAAAAGGUCACGCCGACAAAGUUUCCAUCAUCAACAAGUCAAUCUUCGACUGGGACAUCUAUGAGGCUUCUCCCUGUUUCUUCCUAGCCAUGGAAGUUUUCGAUAACUUUGCCCAUGAUGUUAUCAGAUAUGAUCCCUUUACUGAAGAACCACUUCAAGGCUCCGCUCUCGUAGACGCAAACGGAGACUUCUUCGAGUUCUACUCGAGAGACAUAGAUCCCGUGGCUUCACGCUUCUUGCGCGUCAGAGAUGCCGCAUGCAGCGACAUCAACUACGCUCAUCCUCUACGCAACUCCCCCGCCAUGCUCAGAAAGUUGAGGAGUAAGUUGCCAUUUGCUCCCAAUCUGAGCACUCCAGAGUAUAUCCCUACGAGAUUGAUGCACUUUUUCGACAUCUUGCACAAAUAUUUCCCAGCGCAUAAACUGGUUACUUCAGACUUUCACGCUCUGCCUGAUGCGGUGGAAGGCUUCUUCGACAUUCUGUUCCCGACCGACUUUGCAGUAAACGAAGCAAUCUACCGCGCCAUCACAGGAAAACUCACACGUGUCAUGAAGCAUGAGGAUUUCUUCAAGAGAUGGGCUUAUGUGGAAGAUACUCAGACAAGAAACGGCGAGAACCCAUUGUUGAGUUGGUACAAAAACGCUUCUGUAAUGAUUACUGUAUAG